CCAUCCACCAGAACAGCUAAAGCUCAGUCCUGUUAUUUUCCCAGAAUCGAUCACUGGAACAACGAGAAGGAGCGUCUCGUUCUCAUCACGGAUUGGUCCCUCCUGAUCUGCAAAUACAACUUCAUCAGCCUGCAGUGCCAGCACGUGACGAGGAUCGCCCUCGGCGCAGUGGAUACCAUCUCUGUCGGAGAGUUCGAGUUCCCACCUAAAUCUCUGAACAAGCGAGAAGGUACCGGUAUUCGAAUUCAGUGGGACAAGCAAAGUCGCGCCUCCUUCAUAAGCCGAUGGAACCCGUGGUCCACGAGCAUCCCGUACGUCACCUUCACCGAACAUCCAAUGGCCGAUGCUGAUGAGAAGAUUGCGUCCCUUUGCCUACUGGAAAACUUUAAAACUCAGCUAAUUCAGGCUGUGAAGAAAGCCCACAAGGAGCGUGUGUUGCCAGGAAGGGCGAACGGCGUGCUAGUGCUGGAGCGUCCUCUUCUGAUCGAGACCUACCUGGGGCUGAUGUCCUUCAUCAACAACGAGGCCAAACUCGGCUACUCCAUGACGAGAGGCAAAAUUGGAUUUUAAAAUUCAUUGCAUUUAAUCUUUUCAAGGGAAGGCAAUUUGAUCUCGGUCUCCCAGGGAGAGCACGCUGCGUGGCAGAACACUCGAUAAUCAAAGCGAAGAAGUUAGGGGGACGAAGGGGGGAGUUGUAGAUCUAACAGCUCACAGGAGGCCCUGGUUGUUACGGAGAAUGCACAGGUCAGAUGAAUCUGGAGCAGACACGAGGUAGUGUCUUUCUGGUGUCCAAUUUACAGUUCUUAAUGGUUCUUGUACAGGGCUAGCGAGCAGCGGUGUUUUCCAUUUCUAACUACAUGUUCAUCCCUGUUAAUUAAGUGCCAUUGGCAUCUGCUGCAAAACCAUCCGCACAACUACCCAAGAUCCAGCAGAACAUUCAUGCCAUAUCACAGUUGUAUCCCUAUAUGUGGUGUCCAGUCGUGUAGUGUGCUUGGGACUGAGCUGUGCUGUUUAAAGAGGUAUUCGCGUUCGCAAUUACUGUAACCUUAAGCAUUUUGAUUAACGCCUGUUACGAAUUUUGAAAGCUGUGUCAGUCACUCUUUAGCAAAGCCGAGUCAGCAGAUUUUGUGAAAGCUGUACGUUACAUCUGCUCAGCAGCAGCGUACGCCAACUAUUACUUUGUAAGCUGAAGCAUAUGGCUGAAUAUGCAUUUAUUAGCUUUUUGCAAAAACACUCUAAGCAGCCAGUCUAACUUCUGGUUUCUCAUGUACGCUUCCUUGCUGCAGCCAUAGAAUAAAGACUUUGUUGAGAGAACAAUCGCCAAGAGCCUCACAAACACAUUUGCCUUCAAAGCUAUUAUUUAUAAAACUGAACGGGAAUUCUAUUUUGGUUAGGUUUAUAUUAGCAGUUUUUCUUAAAUCUGCUCCGGUUUGGGACAACAGCGGUGCGGGACUUUCUAACAGAGACAGGUAAGACUUUAAGCACUGUACGUCAAUCUUGACUGGUGCAUUCCCGCACUUAACCUCACACCAACAUCCAGCAAUGACAUUCAGAAGCAGCGUAAGAGACAACUGAGCUCUCUCGUGAGGUCUCCCUAGCAAGCUUUGCGUUGUGCGUGACCUUCCACGCACGCUGUCUUAUCAGAGCUUUUAUCUGCGCAACUACAGUGCCGAACAAACGCUGUGCUGCAGUGGUGGGUUUUUGAACUGAAAAGUAGACGUGAGUUUAUGAAACUUACGUCAAGCUGAAGUCAUGAUGGAAUGCAACAAGUUGCACGCCCCUCUCAGUGCAUUUUCAUUAAUCUUGCAGUAAAGUCAAAUCUCAACUCAAUUUGUUCUUUGUCCUUCGUUUUGUGGCGACUGAGGCUGUGAAAUUAAGUAGCAGAAGAAAAAACAUCCAAUGGAUUCCUAAGCAAUGGGCCCCCUUCCUUUGAAGAAUCCAGUGGCUGGCUACUCAG